AUGCUGAAUCUGCGCAACCCGGAUGCCUUCGACAUGUACACCUUCAACGACCACGCCGGCUACGGCGCCAUCGAGGUGGCCCAGAACGUGCUGCUCGACUUCCACGAGGCCGCCGGCAACUGGAAGGAGCAGUGGGCCAUCUGCGAGGCGCUCGCCCUGCUGUUCAACACCGACUCGCUCGACCCCAUGAUUGGCAUGCUGGCCGAGCUCGAGAAACAGGGUCAGUUGGCCCACGUGCGCAACCUCGGCUGGGUCAUGGGGAUGGUCGCGCGGGAAGCCGACGCCAUGCGCUCCGACGGGUUCAUCGAGGCGCCAGAGGGGAUGAAGAAGAAUAAGAAGAAGAAGGCCUACGCCGGGGAGCACUUCGUGCCGUAUCUGCUCGCCUACGGCGCCAAGCACAACAUCACCAUGUACGGGCCGUCGAACAUCGCCGACAUCAUCGCUGAGGCCGAGGAGGAGGCCGAGGAGCAGAACGUGGAACUCCCCGCAGCCGCCCAGGAUCCCUGGGGCUGGGCGACGGGCUUCAAGGCGUACGAGCGCAAGAACAAGGCCACCGCCUAUGGGGCGGGCAGCCGGGGCAAGGCGGCGAUCGGUGGGGACUCCCUCGAUAUCACCACCUACUCGCCCGCCGAGCGCAAGGCGCAGAGCUUCAACAAGAAGGAUCCCUUGACCAAGGAUAUGAUCAAGGCGCUCAAGGACGGCAUGUGUCUGAGCAUCGGCUGA